AUGGGGUUAUCUAUUGAACAGAAGUAUAAUAUAUGCCUUAUGGCUGAAAGGCAUCCAAGAUGGAAGCAGUUGGAAUUGGCUCGCUGGGCUUAUGAAGUGUAUCAGUUACCGAAGUGCCCUUCCCAAGGUACCAUAUCUCGACUAUUAGCUAAAAAGUCGGUUUUCAUGAAUACUAAGGAGCAUGAAAAAUCAGCAAACAGGCUUCGUAAGCCAAACAACUUCUUAGUGCGUCGAAUCUUACAAGAGUGGGCAUCUCAGUCGAUAUGGAAUGGUAUACCAGUAACACCUCCUAUAUUGCAGGACACAGCUCAGUCGAUAUGGCACAGAAUACCUCCUGAGAUGCGAGAAGGAAAUGGAUCAUUUAGCUACAAGUGGAUAACGCAUUUGUUAGCGAAAAUGGAUAUUGCUAUGGAUCAAGAGUUACCGAAACCUCCUAAGGUGUGGACUUUUGAAGAAAGAGCUGAUUUGAAGGUUUACUUAUCUCAAUUACCAUCCAAGGAUUUGUUUACAUUGGAUGAGACCUUUUUAGCUUAUAACCUACCGUUAUGUUUCGAACAGUACGAGACUUCUGGCAUACAAAAAAGGAUGGAGGUAAUUACUGUGAUGCUGUGUGCAAAUAUGGAUGGUACUGAGAAACUGGAUCCAGUUGUUGUUGGAAGAUACCAAAACUAUUUGAGUUUUAGAACCUAUUUCCCAGACGAACACAGUGGUAAUGUCGGCUCACAUGAAAAUCGAAGAUAUAAUAACUAUGGGCAAUACUUUAAUAACAGAGUAGACAAUCAAAGCAGUAACCUUAAUGAUCAUUCAUCCCAAGCCGAUUUACAUCUUGGUGCUCAGCUGGCUCAAAAAUUUGGGCUUACCUACUGCAGUAACAGAAAGUCUUGGUUAACAAGUAAUUUAUUCCACGAUUGGUUGAGUAGUUGGGACAAGAGACUAGUUGUUAACAAUAGAAAAAUAUGGAUAAUUUUAGAUGACUCGUGCUCCCACAGAAUUAUUAAUUUACGUUUAAAAAAUAUCCAAUUGAUUUACACAUCCGCUACCUCGCGAUUCUUACCCUUCAAUUGGGGCGUCUUCGAUGAAUUUAAGGCAGGGUAUAGAGUACAGCAAUAUGGAGCGCUAAUUGAUCUACAAGAUACUUUGGCCAAGCAGUCGGGUGGUGUGAAGCGGAUACUUCCGUAUAGUCAAACUGCCUUGACAAUGUCUAAUGCUUUCAAGUUCAUCAAGCUUGCGUGGGAUGCCAUUCCUUCAAACACUAUAAAACUAAAUUGGAAAUCAUCGGGGAUUCUCCCUCCUGAACUAAUUCGAGUGGAUGAGUCUCUGGGGAUUACAUUUAAGAGAAAUGAGGCACUUGAGUCUAAAUUGGAUAUGUUAUGUAAAAGGUAUUACUGUAAAAAAAAAUGGGACUACGAGAUGUUGUUAGAUUUGAACAUCGAAAACAAAAAUACCAAUUUUCUGAGCUCUGCGGAGAUUAUUGAGAGUGCUAUCGUUGAUCAAUGGGAGCCAGAUGAAUACUGCUCUGAUUCGACAGACGAGAGUCUUAUUGAUGGAGUCUCAGGUAAUCAAACAGAUGCUUUGCCUGCUAAUUCAGAAUCUUUUAACAUAGCUCCUUUCAAUAAUGAAGAUAGUUCUCCAUCUAAUUCAACGAAUUUGGUUACACAGCAGCCUCUACACGACCACCUAAACUAUCCUCAUGCGGCUCAUUUGCAAUCAGGUCAUGAAAAUAUUAUGAUUUCUGGAAGGCAAUCGACAGUUAGUGCACUGAUUGAUAGGUCUGAAGACCAGUUUGUAAAUACCAUGCAACAGGAUAUGAUAACAGAUCAAAUUUUUAGCGAUAUGUUUGAUAUACAGGGCCCGUCUGCUACAGCGCAUGAACAGGCCUCCACAAUGGGCAGGACAACUCAAAGUCCAUCACAUAUUCAUCAAGCAUCGCAUCCACCAUCUAGAGCAGAACAGCAAACUCCAGCGUAUAGUGAACUACCGCCAGUUCCUACAAAUAAUACGACUUCUCAACAAGAAGAUAUUGAACUAACUUUAGACCAAUCCCCACCACUAUCUUCAGAAGACUUGGAUGCCACUGAUUUGGGAAAUUAUAUGGCCCAUAUCUCUAGUAAUUCACAAAAUCCAUUAAGUAACGAACGAUUGGUUAUGUUGGCUACGUUACAAACUAACAUUGAUAUUGCUAGGUCUAUGGAGAACAUACUAAAACAUGCCGAGAUCAGAGAAGUAGGAUUAUCAGAAAGUGCUUUGAAGGAAAUGAAAGCAAGCUACUGCAGCUGCAUCAAGAAAAUCAAUAAGGCCCGUCAAUUUCUAAAUGUUACUGAACUGCGCAAAAGGCGUUCAAGCUUAGAAAAGCACUUGUUAGGAGGGACAGGAAACAAACAAAUGGAAAAUGGGAGCAGAUCAUCGCCUCCAAAUCGAUUGCCAGUUGAUAGAAAUGUAUUUUUCGAUACGUUUGCUGAGACUUCAGGUGAUUUAACAUCUGCAAUUAAUCGCAGUUCCUCUUCGUAG